AUGUCAUUGGUUAAGAAAAAGAACAACACAUGGCAUUUUUGCGUGGACUAUAGGCAUCUCAAUGACUUGACAGUAAAGGAUAGAUAUCCAAUACCUAACAUUGAUGAGCUCUUGGAUGAAUUAUAUGGUGCUAGGUUCUUCGCUAAGAUUGAUAUGAGGUCAAGGCAUCGCGGAGGAGAAAUGGCUGCUGCAAAGGGUGGUAAGCAGAGGCAGACCGAGAGGGCAACGGGCCAUGUCAAGCCUGAGCCUGUCGACGGUCUUUUGCUGCUUGAGCGUGACAAGAUGGAGUCUGAAAGGAAGCAGAGCGAAGGGACAACCGGAGCCUCCAUAAUCCCGCCUGAAUCCACCAUCAUCACCUACAAAAUUGCACCAAGCAGGAGUACGAGAUUUGCUAAAACUUUUAAUGCCCAGUAG